GUAGCAGACGAAUUUUUCUUGAAAGUCUGAUGUAAAAUUCAGCAAUUCAGCGAUCAAGAGCCGGAAAUCUCGUGGAAGAUAAGCUACAUCGUUUGUUGGAUUGAUUCAUUUAUUUUUAGUUAGAAAUGGUGGAACCAGUUCCCGAAUCAAUUGAUUUUGCUCAGGAAGAAGGAAAAAUCUUGGAAUACUGGAAGAAAAUUGACGCAUUCAAAACCAGUUUGAAAUUGUCCAAAGGGAAACCUAGGUACACAUUCUAUGAUGGACCUCCAUUUGCUACUGGCCUUCCUCAUUAUGGGCACAUCUUAGCUGGAACUAUCAAGGAUAUUGUCACCCGAUAUGCUCAUCAAAAUGGUUUUCAUGUUGAGAGGCGCUUUGGAUGGGAUACACAUGGCCUUCCAGUUGAAUAUGAAAUUGACAAAACUCUUGGGAUCAAAGGCCCAGAAGAUGUCAUGAAAAUGGGAAUUGCCAAUUACAACGCCGAGUGCAGAAAGAUUGUCAUGCGUUACGCAGAGGACUGGGAGACCAUUGUCAAUAGAAUGGGACGUUGGAUUGAUUUCGAGAAUGACUACAAAACUCUUUACCCGUGGUUCAUGGAAUCAAUCUGGUGGGUUUUCAAGCAACUCUUCGAGAAAGGGCUGGUCUACCGUGGAUUCAAAGUGAUGCCUUUCUCGACGGCUUGUAGUACUCCAUUGUCCAACUUCGAGUCGGGACAGAACUACAAAGAAGUGGUUGAUCCGGCAGUAAUUGUUAGCUUCCCGCUUGACGAUGAGCCGUCAGUGUCUAUUCUCGCAUGGACCACUACUCCAUGGACACUGCCGAGUAAUCUUGCACUUUGCGUCAACGCCUCGCUGGACUAUGUUCGAGUUAAAGAGAAAGCAACAGAAAAGGUUUACAUCAUGAUGGAAGCUCGUCUCAGUGCACUUUUCAAAUCCGGAGAAGAAUACGAAAUUGUGGAACGAUUCAAAGGAGAAGUUCUCAAGGGGAAAACGUAUCUGCCACUGUUCCCUUACUUUUCUAGCUUGAAGACUUCCGGCUCUGGGGCAUUUAGAGUUCUAACGGAUUCCUACGUCACCGACGAAUCCGGCACUGGUAUCGUUCACCAAGCCCCAUACUUUGGUGAGGACGAUUACCGAGUUUGCCUGACAGCUGGCAUUAUCUCAAGAGAUCAGGAGAUGAUUUGUCCUGUGGAUGAUGGAGGAAGAUUCAUUGAUCCAGUUACUGAUUUCGCCGGCCAGCACGUCAAAGAUGCAGACAAGAACAUUAUCAAAAUGUUGAAAGACUGUGGCCGAUUGGUGAAUUCCGGCACCGUAAAACACAGCUAUCCAUUCUGCUGGCGCUCUGAAACACCCCUUAUCUACCGUGCUGUUCCUUCUUGGUUCAUCCGUGUGGAGCAAAUGUCCAAACAGCUGUUGGAAAACAACCAGAAAACUUAUUGGGUGCCCGACUUUGUCAAAGAAAAACGGUUUGGCAACUGGCUGCGUGACGCCAGAGAUUGGGCCGUCAGUCGCAACCGUUACUGGGGCACUCCAAUUCCCAUUUGGAUGUCGGAAGAUGGCGAAGAGGUGGUGUGUGUCGGAUCCAUCGCCGAGUUGAAAGAACUCACGGGCAUUGAAUUGACUGAUUUGCAUCGCGAGAACGUUGAUGGCAUCACUAUUCCCUCCAAAAUUCCCGGUCGGCCACCCUUGAAACGUGUUUCAGAGGUUUUCGACUGUUGGUUCGAAUCUGGAUCCAUGCCUUACGCUCAAGUCCACUACCCGUUUGAAAACAGGAAAGAGUUCGAGGAUUGCUUCCCUGCCGAUUUCAUUGCCGAAGGCAUUGAUCAAACACGCGGAUGGUUCUAUACGCUGUUGGUUUUGUCGACUGCUCUCUUCAACAAACCACCGUUCAAAAAUUUGAUUGUCAACGGCUUGGUGUUGGCCAGUGACGGCCAGAAAAUGUCAAAGAAGAAGAAGAACUACCCCGAUCCAAUGCUGGUUGUCAAUAAAUUUGGAGCUGAUGCUCUUCGUCUCUACUUGAUCAACUCCCCAGUUGUUCGUGCGGAGAAUCUGCGCUUCAAAGAGGAAGGUGUUCGAGAUAUUAUCAAAGACGUUUUCCUACCCUGGUACAACGCUUACCGAUUCUUUGUCCAAAAUCUUGAACGUCUCGAGCGCGAAGAUGGAAUUAAAUUCGUUUAUGAAGAAGAGGCCUCCAAUUUGUCAACGAAUGUGAUGGAUCGCUGGAUCAUUUCCUACACUCAGUCCUUGCUGCUCUUCGUCCACCAAGAAAUGGCUGCCUAUCGGCUAUACACUGUUGUUCCUCGUCUUGUCCGGUUUGUAGACUACCUGACCAACUGGUACGUGCGGAUGAACCGUAAGCGACUAAAGGGAGAUGGUGGCAAGGACGAUUGUCAUCACGCCUUGCAGACACUUUUCAGUGUCUUGUUUUCCAUGAUCCGUGUUAUGGCCCCAUUCACGCCCUUCCUGACCGAAUUGAUGUACCGCAACUUGCGUCAUUUAGUGGCCAACCAGAAAGCCGGAACGACGGAAUCCGUUCAUUUUCUUUCUACCCCUGAACCAAAGAAACAUUUGAUUGAUGUCAAAAUUGAAAAUGCCGUGAGUCGGAUGCAAGUGGUGAUUGAACUCGGACGUGUUCUUCGUGAUCGCCGCACUCUGCCCAUCAAGUACCCUUUGCCGGAAGUGAUUGUUAUCCUCCGUGAGCAAGAGUCGUUGGAUGAAUUAAGGACUAUGGAACGAUACAUUCUGGAAGAGUUGAAUGUCCGUGCUCUCAAACUGACCACCGACAAGGACAGUUUUGGAGUCAGUCUACGUGCAGAACCGGAUCACCGCAUUGGAGCGCGACUCAAAGGCCAAUUCAAGGCUGUCAUGGCUGCAAUCAAGACACUGACGGAUGAGCAGCUCCAAGGAUUCUUAACCGAAGGUCAGAUCGAUGUUUUGGGUAACAUGAUGGGUCCAGAGGAUUUGCGGAUCUUUUACCAGUUCACUGGUGACCGAGCUGCUGAAUUGGCUCAGCAAUACGAGACUCAAGCGGAAAAAGAUGUGUUGGUGUUGUUGAAUGUAGUCCAAGACCAAAGCAUGAAGGACGAAGGUUUGGCCCGAGAAGCCAUCAACUUGGUCCAAAAACUGCGCAAGGAAGCUCACGUAACUCCUUCUGAUGCCGUCAGCGUCUACUUUGAGGUGGUUCCUCCUACCGGAUACGUAGCAGAUGUUGUCAACAGUUUUUCAAAUUACAUUGAGACUGCCAUCAAAGUUCCAUGGAGAGCAGCCUCAACCAAAAAGUCGGGUGCAAAAGUCCUCAUCAACAAAUCACAAAAGUUGCAAGGUGUAGAUUUAGUGCUGACCAUUCAAGAAGGAUUCACUGCCGACUGGGCAGCGAAAGCCGGAGUCCCUCCAGGCAAGAAGUCUCUGGUUGCCUCCCAGGCUCCUACAGGCCGAGGGAAACCAUCUACGCCCUUGGUUAAUCUUUGCUUAGAAGGGCUGAAAUCAGGUUACGGAAUUGAAGGAUCCUACGGCACAGUUUUACUAAGCAAUCCUGUCGGAGCAUCCCUCGUCUCUUUCGAAGGACUGGUGAAAGAGGUUGCAACGGUUUUCGGUCUGCAUGGUCGACCGUACACGGUCAAGCGUUCCGGUGUGACUCUCGAUGCGGCGACGGAUAUUUCCAAACUUGCUGGCACGACGCUAACUGUUGUUCCAGCUACAGCUGAAGAUGCAGCUGCUCAAACACCAUCCAUCGAUGGAUCAGCGUGCAGAUUUGUCAAUGUCAAAUUAGACGGCAAAAUGGGAACAGUCCUGUUGGAGAAUCCUGCGGGAUGUCCACUGUUCAGCUCUGCAGAGGAAAUGCAGCGGAAAAUCGGAGCCAUUUACUCGACAUCAAAGAAGUUGUCUUCCGAUGAAAAGAAAAUGCAGCCAGUGAAAUUUGAAAGCCUGGACGGGUUACACGGGAAGACCGUCUAUUUACUUUGAUUCACCUGAAACAAUUGUUUUUGGCUUUAACAAUAGCGUGACAUUAUAUUGUCACAGUUGUUGUGUACUUGGGCAUAUCUGAGGCAAUCAGUAAACAAUAAAGUGUUUGAUGGUCUCUCAA